AUGGCAUCUUUCACCCCCUACAGCUACAUUCAAUGCCCGUGCUUCGAUGCCACCGGCCAAGCUCGCCCUUCAGACGAGUCGCCCUCCGCCUCGUCCUCUGAUGCGCCCGAGAGCGACGACGACCAUGCCUUCGACCCCCGCUCGCCGAGGUCCAACUACAGCUUGUACCCCAUAGAGCACCUGCUGUACUGCGUCGACUGCAACCAGAUCCGCUGUCCACGCUGUGUCGCCGAGGAGCUCGUCACCAUCUACUGCCCGAGCUGUCUGUUCGAGGUUGGGAGCAGCAGCGUCAAGACCGAAGGGAACCGAUGCACCCGCAGCUGCUUCCAGUGUCCCGUCUGCAUCGGACCCUUGGCUGUGCAGUCUCUCGAGCCCGCCCCCGAGUCGUCGUCACUACUCACAGCAGACAAUGCCGCGCCUCCCGCCCCCGGCCCUUGGGCGCUGUGCUGCUCGUACUGCAACUGGAGCUCCUCCGAGAUUGGCAUCAAGUUUGACAAACCACAAGGCAUCUUCGGACAGCUUGCCAAGAUAAGGGACGGCGAUGGCCAUGGUGACAUUUCCGUUGCAGCGGUGGAUGCCGCGCCCACGAAAAAGAGCGGUGACGCCGAGGCAGAUUCCACCAAAUCACGCUUUGCACUCAUGAGGUCAUUCUACCAGUCUCAGCUGGCCAACUCGAACUCGACCUCCUCGGGUAACCUAAGUGGAACCUUGGGAGAGUACGGAUACGGCUCUCCCACCGCUCUUUCGCGGAUCAUGAGUCUCUAUUCGGGGAAUGGUCUCGCCGCGCUGAAGCCCAAGAGCCGCCCCACGGAGAUACGCGAGGCCGAUAGCUUCAAAGACGGCUUUCGUCCAAGUAAUCUUGACGAGUCCAGUUCUAUCUCUGCUCUGCGCGAGAAUGGAUAUGAUGGCACGGUCACAAACUCCCAGGCUACAUCGCAGGUAGACGAAGGCGCUCGUUUUGUCGAGGAUUUGUGGCCUAUCCCUCACCUGCUCCGCUCCAAGAGGGCGAAGCGUUGUCCCGUAUGUCGACAUAUCCUCAGCAAACCGGAGGCCAAGGUCAACAAUACAAGAUGGCGCAUCCGGCUUGUGGCAGGCAACUACAUUCCCUCGAUAUCGAUCAAACCAUUGAAUCCUACAGAUACCCCUGGAUUGCCCGUGCCUGAUACAAGCUCGCUUACUCUCACGCCGCUCAAGCCUACCCAAUACCUUCUCACGUUCAAGAACCAAAUGUUUGACCAGAUCAAGGUCACCCUCGCUACACCGGCUACCACACCAGGCCGCUUUGCGUCGCGAGUCACUGUGCUAUGCCCGCAGUUCACGAUCGACGCCAACGCCGAAGACUACGACAUUAACGAGGCCCUCAAGGACGACCGUCGCCAGGACAAGGAAGAGGCCGCGCCCCAGGUCGAAGCGGGCAAGCCUUGGGAGCGCGGCCGGAACUGGGUCAGCAUCGUGGUCGAGGUCAUCCCGUCGUCGCUCCGGAUCGAGCCCAAGCCCGCCAUCCUGCGCAAGCCGGGCGAGGCGGAAGACCUCGGGCCCCUCAAAGAGGACGAGGACAUCCUGGAGAUCCCCAUGUUUGUCCGCCUGGAGUGGGAGAGCGAGGCAGCCCAGGAUCAGGUUGGCAGCACCGCCAGCAAGGAUAAAGAGGCCAAGGAGAAGAGGGAGCUGGCGUAUUGGUGUGUGCUGGGACUCGGUCGGAUCAGCCAGGAUUAG